CCAAUAAGAGUGUUACAUGAAAAAUCGUACCUCAUUUUCUUGUCAAAAUCAGUUGAAAGUGGACGUGCGUUGAAGAGUUGAAAUCAAACCCGAACUACUCACAACAUCAAUUCGUUCUUCUCUCAUUCAAUCAGCACAUAUCAUCACACAAUAGUGCGAAGUUUUUAAUUUGUUUCAAACAAUUUGUUCUUGUUGCUAGACAACAUUUCGAUACGUUUGCGUUCGAUUCGAUUAUUAUUAUUUUAUUUUUAAAUUCUAUUCAGCACCAUAGUGCAUAAAGAAUAGCAAAGAAAAUUCGCAGUAGCCGAUUGAAGAAUCAUCGUAAAAAAAAUUGUGCGAAAUUCAAGUUGAAUUUUAAAUGUUGUUGGUUUUUUGGUGCCGGAAAUCAGUAAAAGCAGAAAACGAAGAGUUGUCACCAUAACUUUAUACCGAUAAUUGAUAUAUCACCGUGAAACGAACGGCCGCUGAAGAGUUUUUCAACAAAGUCGCUUCUUUUUUCGACCAGCAAAACAAUUGUCACAUCAAUCAAAAUUUAAGAAAGAAUAGAGAGCGCGCGCUUGCACACCGUGACAAUGUUCUCAAAUAAUAAAGUCAUUUGAUAAUUUGCUUUUAAGCGCAUUUCAACUGCACAUACAUCAUAUUCUUUUCGUUAAGAUUUUCCUUCGUGUUCGUUUCACUCCCCCCGUUUCUUUGGUUUUCUCACAUUUGUUUGGUUUGACGAAGUCGUAAAUUAAAAAUCGAGAGAGAGAGAGAAAGAGAGAGAGAGAGUGAAAGAGAAAAAAGUGUUCGUAUAAAAAAAACGUAAAGUUCCUGCAUUUGUUAUAAUUAGUUAAAUUACGAGGCAUACGCGCGCGUGUAUUAUUAUUAUUAUUAUUAUAUUUAAUUUUGUUGUUGAUGUUGUUCGGAUAAGUUGUUGGUGCGUGUGUACAAACAAGUGCAAGUGCGAUAUAAGAGAAAACAAAAAAUAUACCUCCCAAAUACAGAUAUAGAGAUUCUGGUAGCGUAGACGCCACUGGUCCUUAUCAGCAACGAUAUAUAUUUAGAAAGAGAGAGAGAGUAAGAGGAAGAUAUCCGGAGGAAGACAACGAAACAAACCUUCUAAAUUUUCUCAGAAAAAACCCAAUUGUAUCUACACUUAACAAAUACACAAAACUCAUCAACAAUGGAUAUACAUAAGAGUGAAAAACGUGUCUAUAGAUUAGUUUUAACCGGUGGUCCAUGUGGUGGUAAAACAACUGGCCAGUCCCGGAUGUGUACAUUCUUCGAGAAUCUUGGUUGGAAGGUGUUCCGAGUGCCUGAAACGGCCACUGUGUUGCUCAGUGGCGGCAUCAAAUUCUCGGACCUGACGGAGACUGAAGCUUAUCAUUUUCAAGAGAAUUUAUUGCGGACCAUGAUUCAAAUCGAGAACACAUACUUUGAGCUGGGAAAAUCAUGUUCAAAAAAUUGUCUUAUUAUUUGUGAUAGAGGCGUGAUGGAUGCAAGUGCUUAUAUUUCUAAGGAAAAAUGGGCAAAAAUGACGGCGGCCAAUGGCUGGAAUGCGGUUGAAUUGCGUGACAAUCGUUACAAUCAUAUUGUGCAUAUGGUGUCGGCUGCAAACGGUGCUGAAGACUUCUAUUCCACCGAGGAACACGCAUGCCGAUCGGAGGGCGUGGAACUUGCCAGAGAUUUGGAUUACAGAUCAGCUGCGGCAUGGGUUGGUCAUCCGUAUUUUGAUGUCAUUGACAAUUCAACGGAUUUUGAAACGAAAAUCAAUCGAAUGUUGGAAUGUGUUUGCCAAAAAUUGGGCAUCGAUACCGGUGAUCGGUUGUUGCGAACAUCAAGAAAACUGAAAUUUUUGGUUGGCGGAAAAUUACCGGCGGAUAGUGAAUUUCCGGAUUUUCAAGAUUUCGAUGUGGUUCAUCAUUAUUUACAAUCAAAUGGUCCAAAGUGUCAGGCUCGAUUGCGAAAACGUGGCCAAAAAAGUAGUUGGUCGUAUACACAUACGUUGCGUCGUCCACAUGUGCAUAAUCAAUCGGUGGAAACAAAAACUCAAAUCACACAUCGUGACUACAUGAAUUUAUUGGCGCAACGUGACGAUGCCCAUUUUACAAUUUACAAAAAGCGACGAUGCUUUUUAGUGAAUAACCAGUAUUUUCAACUGGACGUGUACAAAGAGCCGAGCCAUCCAAGAUGCAAAGGAUUGAUGCUAUUGGAAACGUAUUCAUCGCUUGAUGGUGAAAAGCUGUUGAAUUGUUUGCCAAAAUUUUUAAAUAUUGUUAAAGAGGUGACCGGUGAUCCAUCGUUUUCAAUGUUCAAUUUAUCAUUGAAAGAAGAUUGGAGCAAAACAAAAAAAUUCUGUCAUUCGUUACACGGUAAGGAUCAUCAAAAAUUGGAACAAUACAAUAAACAUUGUGAUGCAGGCAUUGAUGAUAAACAAACAAAUGGCAUAGCACAACUGAAUAACCAUAGCAAUACUAAUAAAGUUCAUUGCGAUGAUAAUAACCAUGAAAACCAUGUGCAUAACGACAGUCAUGCAUACGACAAUGUUGCACAUCCAAUUGUUGCCAAUGCAAACUCAUCAAAUUGAAAAUUAAACCUGAAAUAAUAUCGUACCCACGACCAAAUUAAAUAAAAAAAAACCACACACAAACAUACAAACCAACAAAACCAUUGAAAUUUCGAUCAUCAUUUGGCUACAACGCACAUCAACACCGUGGGAUAUAUGCUUGAAAAGACACACAAAUGAAUCGAAGAGAGUGUGAACGUGUGAAAGACGGGAAAUUGUAUUGAGAAAAUUGAAUAUUUUGCUAAGGACGCAUUAAAAUGCAAAUAAAAUUUAAAAAAAAGAUCCCAUUUAUUGAAUGAAUCAUGAAUGAAAGAGUUCAUUUUCAUUAGUGAGACAUUGUUUGUCGACUAAUCCUCUCUUUUUAUGCCAAUUCGCUUUAAAUUUUACGCCCUCUUCUAAUAUUCUACACAACAGUGGCAUUUAGACUAAAAACACACACACACCUUUUUUAGAAGAAAAUUUAAUUCUAUAGAUUGAAUUAUAGAAACUCAUCUGCUGUAGAUAAAUGUUGUUCUAGUUCAUGCAAUUUUGAUGCUAUAGUAAAUAGAUAUAUUAUAUAUAUAUUUUGAAUGAAAGACAGAGAGAAACAUUUCAAAUUAGUGAAGCUAAUUUUCAAAUUUAAUUGAACUGUAGAUGUGUAAUUAAAAUUUGCAUUUAACAUUAUUAUGUGCUGUAGGACAUGAGACAAAAUACGUACACUCAAACAAACGCCAGAAAUGGAGGAAAAAAACACAAACAACCACAUUGCAUUCAAAAAUGACAUUUAAACAAUUUAAAAUGAAACAUUUUUGUUAAUUUGAUUUUUGUCGACCUUUUAAUAGCCCGAAGGUAGUAGUGAAAAUCAUUUAAAUGACUUUCAAUAUGUGCUAACCAUAGGGGUAGAGGCGGUGGUGAUGGUAAUUCAGUACCAAUUCAUUUUAUACACGCUCAAUACGAACACUUGAACUUUUGUAGAAAAUUCAUUUUCAUGUAUUUGUGAAUGGUGGAUGGGUUUAUUGUGGUUUUUAUGGAAAGCGAACUUCAUUAAAGUCAUUUGGUGACCGUUGUUAAUUUUAGGCGAAAAUCGUUUUUCUUUCUUGUUUUUCCAUUAGAUAAACAUUUUCGGCUUAAAUAUGAUUUCUAUUUUUCUUCUCCAUAUUUACUUCCACUUUCUUGUUCACACAUUGACUAAUCAUUAGCGUGCAUCAAUUAGAUGAAUUUUAUUUGUUUUGUUUUUUCUUUAACAAAUUUUUGUGCUUUUCAACAAAAAUUUGUGGUUUUUAACAAAAAAUGUUUUGUUUUUUUUUCUUAUGACAAAAUGUUCAGCUGUAAACAUUUUUGAGUUGUUAUUGUUUUGUGUUUUUUUUCUUCUUUCCUCUCUAUUCUUUUUUCUAUUCGGUUUUUAGAUCUAGAUGACACUGUUGUUACCAACGGAUGUUCUCCGAAUAAUAAACCAAAAUUGAUAAACGGAACGGCUUGAUGUUUUGAUACCCUCUCUCCAAAAAUUUACCUAACAAACUCAACAAAUACACGAAAUCAAGUUUUUUUUACACAUUUACGUUGAGAUAAAAUCAAGAAGAGAAAACAAAAUCAAUUAUAAAAAAGAGACAUAUACUUGCACACAUAUAAUAUAUACAACAACAAACAACAACAAAAACAUUUACCACCAUCAUCAUUUUAUCAAAUAUAUUGUUUAAAUAGUUAAGGAGAAAACUAAUUAAAUUCUGCGAAAAAGAGAUAGAGAGAGAGAGUGAGAAUGAAAACACAUUGAUAUUUAUACCUACAAAAAGAGACAAGAAGAGAAAAAAACGGAAAUCUUUUAAAUUAUUUUAAGCAAAAAGUCGACCUCUCCUCUUCAUAAUCCUUUUGUUCUCUUGUUAAAUUUUCAUAUGAAAAAUGAUUAAUUUCUAUUUUUGUCUUUUGAAAAGCUAAAAGGAUGGUAGCAAUUUUUGUAAAUGUUUUUUUUUUUUUUGGAAACAAAUACAUAUACACAAACACACCGUUCAGACUUUGUUUUUAUUAAAUUCAGUCAGGCUAUCUAUUUGUACAGUAAAUCGAUUGGAUGUUGUUUUCUCUCCUAUCUUUGGCUGAGAUAGAGAAAAAAGGCCAUCGAGAAGUUUUUGUUCAUUUUCAAUUGUAGAUUUUAUUUAGUGAUGAAGUAUUAUUAUAAUUAUAGUUGUUUUUAAAAAUCGACUAAUUGAUAUUUGAGAAGAAAAGUGUUCGACUUUAUAAGUGACACCCACCCCCCACAUACAACACGGUAUAUUUGUAUUAAACAAACCGGAAAACAAAUAUCUAGCAAAUAAAUGCUGCAUCAGAAAUACCUUUUA